AUGCGUCUGCACAUUUUCGAAGGCUCGCUAUUCCUGUUGGUAGCUAUUCUUCUUGACGGCGUCCGUACCGCCGGAAACAGCGGUCAGAACGAUUCUCCAGAGUAUCGCCUCUUUCCUUCCUCGAACCAACAGCAGUCUCGAACAUACGCGAGUUUGUUCUACUCCCCAACAUCGGAUUCGAGUGCAGGCAGCACUCAGUAUGGCAGUUCAGAAACUAUUCCAAGUACGCAGCAAGUUCAAACGGCAAGAUUGCAUCCAAUUUCGCGUCCGCAGCAGUCAAACGCGUUACCGUCUGACAAGGAACUUUUCGACACUGUUGAGCAACAAGGGACCUCGGAACCAGACCAACGUCACUCGCCUUCUUUCUACGAGCGAAAAUCACAACCCCAAAGGUACGAGAUAGCGCAAUUCGUUGCGAGUGACGGCGGAGUCUAUGGACCGUAUACCUUGGGAGGCGAUAGAUUUCAAACCAAAGCAUACCCUCUGGACAUUCCCUUGCUGUCGUCCUUGUAUCAGCAUGGCCGAUGGCGACCGAUCAUGUUUGAAAGGUAUUACUGGCAAGGGAUGUUUCUGCCUCAAUCGCUUUAUUAUCGGCCAGACCCUGUGCUCUUGAAGCGUCUACAAGAGAGGAUCGAGAUGCAGUUUUUUUCUCAUGGAUGGAGACUCGAGCCUGUUGACACGAAAGAGGGAGGAGUAUGGCAAGGAGAGUUUCUGUGGCCACCUGUUCGACCUCGUACUUUCAAGACGGGAGUGCAGAUCUCUCUUAGGGCUAAGGAGCAGAUGGCAGGCGCAGCUGUAUGGGAAUCGAGCCAGCACAAGCUAGGCGUGCCCAGAGUAUGGACGAUUACUUUGCCUGCUGGCGGCAGACAGUCUGAGAGGCAUAUCAUGAUGAGCUCUGUAGAUCCAGCGAGAUUCACGGAUCUGGACAAGUUUAAUGGCAAGUCGGACUUCUGGCUCUUCCAUGAAGCCAUGACUGACGUCCUUGAUGCCAGAAACAGACCCCGAAUGAUUCUUCUCGGCGGCAUGUUCCUACCCAAGGGCGCUGUUGGGUUCCUGCAGCAGCAUGGAUACAUCCGGCCUGCUUUUUCACGCACUUUUGGCCGUCCUCUAUAA